CCACGUUGACACAAUGAAACGAAGCGAAAGAGUAAAGAAGAAAUAAUAUCCAUAUGGCUGCAAGGGGGGGACACAGAAUUGAAAGAGGUGCAAUCGGCAACCAAAAUGGCCGCAAUAGAGAGUGCAAGAGUUAAACUUGGAACCCAAGGCUUUGAGGUUUCAAAAUUGGGAUUCGGAUGUCUGGGCCUUACUGGAGCCUACAAUGACCCUCUCCCAGAACAGGAUGCCGUAUCUAUUAUCAACUAUGCAUUCACCAAAGGAAUAACAUUUUUUGAUACAUCUGAUGUUUAUGGAGCCACCGCUAAUGAAGUUUUGCUUGGAAAGGCUUUGAAGCAGCUACCUAGAGAACAGGUCCAGCUAGCCACAAAAUUUGGUAUUGCGAGAUUAGAUUUUUCUAAUAUGCACAUCAAGGGUUCGCCUGAAUAUGUGCGCUCAUGCUGUGAAGCUAGUUUGAAGCGUCUUGGUGUUGAAUACAUUGAUCUCUAUUAUCAGCAUAGAGUGGACACAUCUAUACCUAUAGAGGAAACAGUGGGUGAACUUAAGAAACUGGUGGAAGAGGGCAAAGUGAGGUAUAUUGGGUUAUCUGAAGCCAGCCCAGAUACAAUUAGCAGAGCACACGCAGUUCAUCCCAUCACAGCUGUGCAAAUAGAGUGGUCUCUAUGGACUCGUGACAUUGAGGAGGAGGUAGUUCCUCUGUGCAGGGAACUUGGUAUUGGAAUUGUACCAUAUAGUCCUCUUGGUCGUGGCUUUUUUGGCGGCAAAGGAGUUGUGGAAAAUGUUCCUGCAACAAGCUCCCUGAAAGUACAUCCACGUUUCCAAGCCGAGAACAUGAACAAGAAUAAGAAUAUAUAUGAUCGAAUUGAAACCCUUGCUAAGAAGCAUAAGGCCACUCCUGCCCAGUUGGCAUUAGCAUGGGUACUCCAGCAAGGCGAGGAUGUUGUACCUAUUCCUGGAACAACCAAGAUUAAGAACCUGGAUCAAAACCUAGGUGCGUUAGCAGUGAAAUUGUCAGAAAGGGACCUGAGAGAAGUUUCUGAGGCGGUUCCCAUUGAUGAUGUAGCAGGUGGUAUACACUACUUUGGACUGGAACACUUUACCUGGAAGUUUGCUAACACACCUCAAAAAGAUUCAAGGGUUUCAACCUGAACCACUCAACUUUUCAGUUAGAGAUUCUAUUAAGUCAUGAAUUGAGGGUAACAAGGUUGACAGAGGCUAAUAUCAGGAAGCUACCGAUACAUGCUGUAGAUAGUAGAUGUGCAGAGAAUAUUACUCCUUCUGUUUUUUAUUCAUAGUCGUUUAAGGUUUUGCACGGGAUUUAAGAAAAUGAUUGAUAUUUUAGUUUUCAAAAAUAUUUAUUACUUACUUUUCUA